CUUCAUCUUGUGUUUCCGUUUCUCUAUUGUGUGUGCCAUUAUACCUAAACGUAGACAAGUUAUAUUAUGGCUGUAGGGAGUGGUGUUAAUGUAUCCACUUAUCAAGGCUCAUUCCAAGAUCAAUAUAAUAAAAUCUCUCCUCUAUUAUACAGUAUUGAUCAAUGGCCUAUUGAUAGAGUUACUUUAUGGUUAGAACGACAAGGUUGGCGUGCUUUAAUUCCCUUCUUCAAAAAAAACGACAUUCAAGGUGAUAGGUUUAUUGCUCUUACUGCUAACGACUUAUUACUACUUAUUCCAGAAACCGUUAUGCCUCCUUCUGAAUUGCAACGCCUUGUUAUUGCCAUUCAACAACUCAAGAUACAAUCAGAACAGCAAACGCAUACCAGAACACUCAGUUCCAACAAAUUUAAAGAAUAUAUAUUAUCAUCUUCUUCCUCAGCUCAACAUACACAUGGAUAUCAAAAACUAGAUCGACCUCAUAUAUCUAUACCAUAUUCCCGUACAAGUCAUACCAUACUGGAACAUCCAACGCCAUCCAAUGACAUCAACAAUAAUAAUAUAACCACUGAAUACGAUCGUAUUCGACCAUUUAUUCCUGAACGUACAACUUCAACUACAAGCAAUGUCUCUAAACUAUUAGAAUCUUACACCUACAGUAAUCCUCCUUUAUCUAUUCGAGGUCGUGGAAGCAACAGUUCUCCCAAAGGUUCUUUGUCGUCCAGUAAUCGAUCUCAAGCAAUUUUAGUAUCUACUACGUCCAAUUUACAGUUAUCUUCUUCGCCUAUGAAUAGUCCUAUUAAUUUAACACCAAAUACAAAUAUGGAAUCUGGAUGGAAACUCUCUGGAAAGCGCACACAAAACAAACUGGAUUGUCAUCAAGAGUAUCAUAUACAAGUGACAACUGAUGCUGAAACCUUUUUUGGAUUGGUCUUGACAGAUAUAAGUGAUCCUCAACGAGUCAAACUAGCCAUUCUUGACAAGUUCAAACUCGGUAGUGAUAUUAGACAAUAUACAUAUCAUCACGAAAAUGGAAAUUCUCCUGAUGCACCUCUAGAUGAUGAUUCCUUGAUCAAUAUUUGUCGAAAUUCUGAUCAUAAUAUUACAAAUCGAUUAAUGGUCAAGCCUGUUGAUAUUCAUUAUUCAACUUCCCCUCCUGGCGAUUACAUGAUGUAUAAAUCACAACAACAAAUAUACGCUAAACAUGAAUACCCUAUACCGCAAUUGGAAGAUACCAAUAUGCCAAUACCUUACCAACAACAAUUGAUUUCAACUUUGCAUCACGAAAAGAAGUCAAUUAUCCAAAAUGGUACGCCAUCCGAAAUGAUCCAAAAAUUACAAGGCUUACGAUUGACCGAUUCACCGUUAUCAACCACUCCAACAACUUUAAUAGAUAUGAAGAUCAACGCCGAUUCGAAACGAAAGAUGGAAGGAAUUGUAUUGGAAGAUCCUCCCUUAUCUACGGUCCCAUCAUCAAUAGCAACAACAACUUCUAUUAUGACUGAAAAUAGUUACCACUUGGAUUCAAAACAAAGAAAGGAAGGUAUUAGAUUGGAAGAUCCACCUUUGAUGACACCACCCUCGUCUUCGAGUAAAUUAGAAGUAUCGGAAAAUCACCAUCAACAACAAUCAUCACCUAAUCGAUGGACAAAUACUUCAUCACCGUCCUCUUCACCCAAUCACCAUCAUCAUCAUGGAUUAUCUGGCAGCAACGACAACAACAACAACAAUAAUAAUAAUAAUCCACGUAAUCAAACUGACACUGGAGUGGAUGGCAAUGAUGGCAAUGUAUGGCAAGAACGACCCUCCAUCGAACAGCUUUACCGUGACAUUGAUAAAUAUUUACCGGAUCAUGAUUUAGACAGGGAAAUUGACGUGGACUCGUCUACUGCAGCACCUUUAUCAGUCGAAACUCUUACCAAAAUGAAUAAACGUGUAUCUAUCCGUGCUGUGGCUAGCAAUGCACACAUCACUUGGCGACAAUCACUCAAUGGCCCUCAAAUGAAUCAGAUAUUACGGCGAAAAAGCACGAAACUAUGGGGUCAUGUUGUACGGCAGGUGAAACCGGGAACAAGAUCUUCUGAUGUAUCAUCACCUACUUUGUCGUCACCUUUGGCUCAACACCCAUCUACUCGAGCUUUAGCACAUCAUCAACAACAGCGCCAGGAUCAACAUCAACUUCAUUAUCCAUCAUCAACAAAGUUAUCUUAUAAUGAUCAAGUAGAUCGAUAUGGACCAACGAAAAUGCAAUGGGUACGAGGACGAUUGAUCGGUAAAGGAUCCUAUGGUCGGGUAUAUCACGCUUUGAAUGUGGAAGCUGGAGAAUGGAUAGCAGUCAAACAAGUAGAUAUUCCAACAAGUAGUUCUGAUCUUCAAAAUGACAAACUAGUGGAAUCGAUGGAAGCACUGAAUCAAGAAAUUCGAUUGCUGUCAGAUCUAGAACAUGAAAAUGUGGUACAAUAUCUUGGUUAUGAUAUUGACAAAGAAGAAGAUCAUUUAUAUAUUUUUUUGGAAUAUGUACCUGGUGGAAGUUUGGCCAGUUCUCUUGGAUCCAAAGGUGGUUUUGAUGUUACUUUGGUCAAGUAUUUUACUCGUCAAAUCUUGGUGGGGUUGGAAUAUCUUCAUGAUCGUCAUAUUCUACAUAGAGAUAUCAAAGGUGGUAAUAUAUUGGUUGAUGAAGAUGGAUGUUGCAAGAUCAGUGAUUUUGGGCUAUCCAAGAUCAGUAGUCAAGAAGAAGCAUACAAUCCGAAUUCAAACAAUUCUAUGCGGGGAUCAGUUUAUUGGAUGGCACCAGAAAUUGUGAUUGGACAAAAAUAUGGGGCCAAAGUAGAUAUUUGGAGUUUAGGUUGCACAGUGAUUGAAAUGCUGACAGGAACUCAUCCUUGGGAUUUGAAUAUGUUAGCGGUAGUCUACCAUUUGGGCAAACUUCAAGCACCACCUAUACCUGAAUCCAUUCCUGAUGAUGCAAGAGAUUUUAUUCAAUGCUGUUUGGCUAUUCAACCUGAAGAUCGACCUACUGCUUCAGAAUUGUUGACCAAUCAUCCUUUUGUACGACAAGACCCUUCGUUUCAAUUCAAGGAAUUUAUGUCAAGAUUGAACUUAAAUGAAUAAAAUGGAUAGAUAGUUACUUUGUAGUUGUAGUUAUUUUUGUGUAUUAUUUGUUAGAUUUCAAUAAAGUAUAUUUUAUAGUUCUAUA